GGAAACAAAAUACCAGAAACGUCACGAAGGACUUUGUUGUUUUAGCGUUGGUCGUUAUCUAUCGUUCAUGCGUCGUAUAGUCCUGUAGCAACAUUUGUUGAUGUAGAACUAAGUUGUUUCCUAACGAAUUGCAACUAGCUUGCUAAAAAGACACUAGUUACGUAGCUAGCUAACUAGCUAUGUAACAAGUUAGAUAGCUGUCUACAAACUUCUACAGCAACUUGCUGCUGGCUUGCUAAUCACCAACAAUGUCUAUGUCUCUGACGGCAGAGCAACAGCGGAAGAUAGAGGAGAACAGGCAGAGAGCAUUAGCAAGGAGAGCACAGAGACAGGCUGCUCAGUCCAAACCCCAGACACCCAUUUCACGCCUCAACAAUCCAGGCAGUGUCCCCCAGCAAGAGAUUAGCAUUUCCUCCGGUCCCGCAACUUUAAUCGCAACUCGUAGACCAGGAGCAGUUUACCAUACUCCUAUUUCUGAUCAAGACAGGAGACAUAACGAGUUGUCUUCAGGAUCAAAACAUAAGCCUGGACAACAUGUCUCAAAUAUUAUUGGCAAUAAACAGAUUAAACUGAUAGAUCCACUACCUCUUCAAAAGGGACAGCAGUCAUUGAAAGGAUUAGAUGUUUCUUCAGGAGGUGGUCCCUCUGCGUUUAAACCUCAGACCAACGCAGCAUCUCCUCCCGUGGUCAAACCACCGCCACUGAAGACCAUAAGUGGUCCAUCAACGUUUGGUUCGGCAGGUGUCACUGGUACCAGGAGCUCACAUGGGCAGGGGACCAAGUCACCGGGAGUCUCCUCUGUGUUCAACCCUCCACAGUCAAACACAGCAGCAUAUGCUGUCCUAAAACCUCCUCAGUCAAACACAGCAGCAUAUGCUGUCUCAAAAUCUCCACAAUCAAAGACAGCAGCUACAAGUGGGCCUGGUCCUUCUGCCAGUGCAAUGGGCUGUCUGUCUGUUUUUAGACCUCCUCCAAAUGUGUCUUCUGGGCUGACUUCCAGUUCUGGAAGUGCCACUGUUAUGUUCUAUGGACAAGGAACCCAAGAUGGAGCCAAGUCAACAUCUAUCCAGAUGGCUGUGAAACGGCCACCUUCCACCAGUGGUACCAACACUAGCAGCAGUGUCCCCGUAAAGAAGCCUGCUGUCACAGUUCGUGGGAAAUGUGUCAGCCACUCCGAUGAACGCUUCAGAGUGGAAGUGGGCUACCAUUCAGAGCUGAUCAAUGUGUUCAAAAGCAUUCCUUCUAGGAAUUAUGACCCUGUUACAAAGAUGUGGAACUUCGGUCUAGAGGAUUAUCAUCAGCUAAUGGAGCAGGCUACCUCCAUCUCCUGUGUGUGUUUGAAGCCUCUAGAGGGAAUGGAGGGGAUCGAUGUAUCUGUGGCUUCCUGCCGAUCCCGGGACGGGGCGGCGCUGGGGGCUCUGCUGAAGCUUGGUAGCGGCUGGCAGAGACCAGGGGCCGUUCUACAAGGCCGUGCUGCCCUGGUGUCACGAUCACGCUUCCAGGUAGACAUCGGUUUUCAUGCCGACGUCAUCGCUGCUUUCAAACGGGUGCCGUCAAAGAGCUACGAUAUGAAGACAAGAAUAUGGAGUUUCCUUCUUGAGGAUUAUAAAAUGCUUAUGGAUGCUCUGGGUGCCAUUCCUUCAGUAGAGGUGGAGCCUCUUCCCAGGGCUGUUAUACAGGUGUUUUCUGCCCAGUUUGAAAGCAGCCAGACAAGACCAUCGGACGUCCCUGACGUUGACCUGACCUCCAUAGAUUCCUCACUGACACGCAGUCUCAUGCCCUUCCAGAGAGAAGGGGUCAACUUUGCCGUGUCCAAAGAAGGUCGGCUGCUCUUGGCCGAUGACAUGGGACUGGGCAAGACUGUUCAGGCCAUUUGCAUUGCAGCCUACUACAGAAAGGAGUGGCCUUUACUGGUGGUGGCUCCCUCCUCUGUACGAUUCACCUGGGCUGAGGCAUUCAGGCGGUGGCUUCCCUCUGUCCGGCCUGACUCUAUCAACGUUGUGGUGAAGGGCAAAGACAACCUGAGGUGUGGCUUGGUCAACAUCGUCAGCUAUGAUCUACUCAGCAGGAUGGAGAAGCAGCAGGCCACUAAGCCCUUCAAUGUCCUCAUCAUGGAUGAGUCCCAUUUCCUGAAGAACAUAAAGACUGCACGCUGUAAGGCUGCCUUACCCCUGCUCAAGGCAGCUAAGAGAGUUAUUCUGCUGUCUGGAACGCCGGCCAUGUCCAGACCUUCAGAACUCUACACUCAGAUCCUGGCUGUCAACCCCGCCCUGUUCCCCCGUUUCCAUGACUUCGGGACAAGAUACUGCGAUGCCAGGCAGUUGCCAUGGGGCUGGGACUACUCUGGCUCCAGUAACCUGGUCGAACUAAAGCUGAUGUUGGAAGAAUCGCUGAUGCUUCGUCGUCUCAAGUCAGAUGUCCUGUCUCAGCUUCCUGCCAAGCAGCGCAAGGUCGUCACGGUGACCACUGAUGGUGUCAACAGUCGCACCAGGUCCGCCCUCGCUGCUGCUGCCAGGCAACUGGCCGGGGGACACAACAACAAGAUGAAAGAGAAAGAGGCUCUGCUGGUUUUCUUUAACCACACUGCUGAGGCCAAGAUUAAAGCCAUCAUAGAGUACAUCCAUGACAUGCUGGAGUGUGGAAGACGGAAGUUUCUGGUGUUUGCUCAUCACAGACUUGUCUUGGACUCCAUCACCCAGGAACUGAGAGAGAAGGACAUCAGCUCCAUCCGUAUAGAUGGUUCCACCCCAUCAUCAGACCGCCAGCAGCUGUGUGACUGGUUCCAGUCCACUGAGAAGAGCUGUGUGGCAGUGCUUUCCAUCACAGCAGCCAACAUGGGCAUCACCCUGCACUCUGCCGCUCUGGUGGUGUUUGCCGAGCUCUUCUGGAACCCUGGGGUUCUGAUCCAGGCGGAGGACAGAGUCCAUCGUAUUGGUCAGACCAGCAAUGUGGACAUUCAUUACCUGGUCGCUAAGGGAACGGCUGAUGACUACUUGUGGCCCAUGAUCCAGGAGAAGAUGAAUGUUCUUGAACAGGUCGGCUUGUCUGAAUCCAACUUCUCAGAAAACGCUGAGUCAACCAGCUUCCAUUCCAAGGACUGUCAGCAGAGGAGAAUUACAGAGAUGUUCCAGAGGUCGUUCACUGAGGAAGACACUGAUGACCUGGAUGAAGCCCUCCUAUUGGAGGCUGUGAAAAGCUGGGAGGACUCUAGCAACCCCCCAGGAAGUAGUCACACAGGAAGUAGUCACACAGGAAGUAGUCACACAGGAAGUAGUCACACAGGAAGUAGUCACACAGGAAGUAGUCACACAGGAAGUAGUCACACAGGAAGUAGUCACACAGGAAGUGAUGUAGCAGAGAGCCCUGGCAAGAAGAGACGCAUUGAAGACUACUUUGGAAGAUGAUUACUGGAGUGAACAGUGAUUUCCCAUGUAUUUGUUUUAAGCUAUCUAUAUAACUCUAGGUUAUUCCAUAGAGAGAGGUGUCUAAUAUCUUAAUGGAACUAAUGAUCAUGUGAAGUGUGUUUUGUUGACUCAGCUGUUUCUGGGUAUUCUUGGUCAUCUAUGUAAAUAUUGAUCAUACAUUCAUGUCUUUCAACAUACACAAAUACACUUGAUUUCUCUACAUUAUUAUGUUGAUAUAAUAAUCAGUUAUCAGUUUCUAUCCAUACUAUGGCUUCAAAUGUACUCCUUACUAUGUUGAAAAAUAUUUAACUUCAACCCAAGCUGAAAUAUUAAAGGAGCUGUAUGUUUGCACAGCUUGUGGUAGCUCAUGCCACCCGUAUUUUCUAAAGAAAGUGAAAGGUUUCCGGAUGCCAUAUAGCAAAACAACCUGAAUUUUAAUGAUGUUCAAGUUUUAAAGUAUAUUUGUUAAUUGCACUUAACACAGCGUUAUCCUGCAUGUGACAUGGCACAUGACAUCCAUGUUGUAAGAGAAUUAAGAAAUAUCUAAAGCAAAAAGAGCCAUAAAUAUAUAGCAAUAAUAUACAUAAUGUUAACUAGCAGCAUAUUUAGAAAGAAUAGGAUGGGGAAUAUGAACACUGUGCGUACCGAUGAAUGGUACAUAAAAUAAUAUUCCACUGUACAUGGAAAGACAUCAGUCUAUCUGGGAUGUUCAUGUGUGAUCAGUAUGAUCAUAGAUCAGUGUUACUGGUUGAGGAGCCUUAUGGCCUGAGGGAGAAAAAAAAUGUUUAGUCUGGAAGUGUGUGCUCCGAUGCGUCGGUAGUGUCUACCAGACGGCAGCAGUGUGAAAAGACCAUGGCCUGGUUGGCCAUAGUCUUUGAUGUCCUGUGCUUUCCUGAAGCAUCGUGUAUGGUAGAUGCCUUGCACAUAGGGGAGAUGGCAGCCGAUGAUGCACUCCACAGACUUCACCCUCUGGAGGGACUUGCGGUCUGUAGCAGAGUCUGUAUUGAAGUCACUGUAUUGAGCCAGGAGGGGGCUUGAAGAACAGCUAUUUAUUUAACUAAAUUUAAUUUGCAAGAUAUUUAGCUAGCCUAUGGCUUGGAGGAGAAAAACCUAAGGGAAGCUAAUCCUGUCACCUAACUUUUGACAGUUUGAGACAACAUGGACGAUGCAGUCAAUAUGCGCAUACACAUCAUCCUACAUUCUGAUUAGUCAACAAAAAACAACAAAAACAAUUCAUUAAAUCUGCAGAAUCAAUAAAACUGGAAAGAGUGUGACUUUGUGUUCCAUGUGAAUUUCUCCAUGACUGUAAAAAAAAACUGCAGGCCAGUUAAGAUGUAACCUAUCUUUACAUGUGUUUCACACUCAAAUUCAAUUCUAGCCUGCUUUUCACCUUUUCAUUGGGAGUUUGCAUUUUUUCAUAGUUUUAGGGAUUAUUUAAAGCGUUUUAAACAAGAGCUGUUCGGGAGCCAAAUUAGCCGGAUCUUGUAUGUGAACAGAGUCCGAAGAGCGGUUCUGGAGCUGAAUGAGCUGGCUGUUUCAUGUGAACUGAAUCAGAGCUGACUCACCUAAAAGGCUCAGAAUGCCCAUCACUAUGUGGAUACUAUAAGCUCGCCCAGGUAAAAUACUAUUUUACUACCAUGGCAUUCUCAGCAGAAUUGUUCAAGGAGCCAUCACCUGUAGGAGAGGCUGUUUGUCAAGCUGGCAGCUGAAGACUGUCACCUGUGACACAGAUUCUGACCCUGGCUGUGUCACCUCUGACCCAGAUUCUGACCCUGGCUGUGUCACCUCUGACCCAGAUUCUGACCCUGGCUGUGUCACCUCUGACCCAGAUUCUGACCCCGGCUGUGUCAUCUCUGACCCAGAUUCUGACCCUGGCUGUGUCAUCUCUGACCCAGACUCUGACCCUGGCUGUGUCACCUCUGACCCAGAUUCUGACCCUGGCUAUGUCACAUCUGACCCAGACUCUGACCCUGGCUGUGUCGUCUCUGACCCAGAUUCUGACUCUGGCUGUGUCGUCUCAGAUUCAGAUUCUGACUCUGGCUGUGUCGUCUCAGAUUCAGAUUCUGACUCUGGCUGUGUCGUCUCAGAUUCAGAUUCUGACUCUGGCUGUGUCGUCUCAGAUUCAGAUUCUGACUCUGGCUGUGUCGUCUCAGAUUCAGAUUCUUUGUUAGCAUUCUGUAUAUGAUGUCAGCAUGUCUUUGUUAGCAUUCUGUAUAUGACAUCAGCAUGUCUUUGUUAGCGUGCUGUAGAUGGUGUCAACAAGUCUUUGUUAGCAUUCUGUAUAUGACGUCAUGUCUUUGUUAGCAUGGUGUCAGCAUGUCUUUGUUAACAUGCUGUAGAUGCAAAAGGCCUCAAAAGAACACAUAAAUAUCCACAAGAACACAUAACUGCCAAAAAGUACUCCUAACAUUUCAUAAAAUAAACUCAACAGUACCCAAAAGACUACAUUUUCUUUCCAAAAUGAGGCAAAUAUUAGGAUGUUUCAAUUGGCAUUGUGUUGAUACUGAGAAAUCUUUACAACCAUGAUCCAAUAAAAAUACAAUUUAUAGUGAUGUUUAUAUGUUUAGAUGUAUGUUUAGUCAUAUUAGUCAUAUUAGUCAUAAUUCCAACAGUAAAAGUUUAAAAUGUU